AAGUCAUCUUCUGUAUCCGUUUGUCCACAGAACAUUCGCUCCAAUGUGGAACUGACGGUGUUGGACCAUCCUGAGGACAUCAGCCUGUCCUUCACUGCCACAUGCCAGGAGCAGAAACCGCUGCCAGGCUUCAGGAAGUGUUCAGGCCUGAAGAUAGGAGACACUGUGUCCUUCAACGUGAGCGUGGAGGCGAGGAGCUGCCCGCCCCGCGGCACCACCCAGACCUUCACCAUAAAGCCGGUGGGCUUCAAGGACCGCCUGGAGGUGUCUGUGGAUUAUCAGUGCGACUGCGGCUGCAGCCGGACGGCCCAGACCAACAGCAGCAUCUGCAGCUCCAUCGGAACCUACCACUGCGGCACCUGUCAGUGUGAGCCGGGGUACCUGGGGGCCCGCUGCGAGUGCCAGGAGGGCGAGGCCAGCAGCAUGUACCUCAGCGCCUGCCGGGAAGCAGAGGGCAAGCAGCUGUGCAGCGGGCGAGGCGAGUGCAGCUGCAACCAGUGCCUCUGCUACGAGUCGGAGUUCGGGAAGAUCUACGGGAGCUUCUGCGAGUGCGACGACUUCUCCUGCGCGAGGCAUAAAGGCAUCCUCUGCUCAGGUAGGAGCCGCCGAGGCCAGACGCUGCCGCCUGGGUCUGUGGGCUUCGGAUUUAUUGACCGCUACUGA